AUGCCGAGUUACAACUCAGAGCUGUUCUAUCAAGAUUGGCGUUACGCUGUGGGCAAGGAAUUCACCACCAAAGAUGGUCAACCGUUCCCUUACGCCGCAAAUGGCCAUUUGCACUGGGGCGAUGAGCUCAAAAAGAUAGAAUUUGGCAGUGCGGGCAGUGCGGAACCGCGUGAUGCUUGUGUGAGCGGUGAUGGACAGUCGCUAGCCGUAGCCUUGCAACAAGACAUUCAUAUCAUCGACACAAACACCUGGGCCACCGUCUGUAUCCUCCGCGGACAUGAAGAAGAAGUAGAGGGCUUCGCCUUCGCACCUAAUGACUCUAAUAUUUUGGUAUCAACCUCUCAGCGUGAUAUUGGCCAAGGCGAUAACCAUACAGAGCCCGUCAUCAUUGUCUGGGAUAUCAAAGAGUACCAGAAGCGUCACGUUGCGAUCCAAAGUCAGGCCUCGUUGGAUGAGGUCGUCGCUGAAGUAGCCCAAACGGCUGCGUCCAAAAUAGUUGAGAAAGGCGUGAGGGACAACGAAGAUCUGCGCGGAAAACUUGAGAGGGCCAUCAAACCCGGAGUGACCAAGGUUGUGGCCAGCGAGUUGGCCAAGGACGCUGAGCUGAUUCGGGGACGCAUAAAAACGACCGCGGGAUCUCAGGUCUUCAGUGCGUCGGGGAAGAAAUUUGUCUACGUACCUGGCGGUCGACUCCGAACAAACGACGUCGACGUCUGGGACAUCAACAUCGUUUCUACCAGCGAUUUUCAAUCAGACCGUAUCGUGCUUCAUGGUCACACCGACCUCAUCACAUGGACGGGGUGGAAUCAUGACGAGUCUUUGUUCGCAAGUGUCUCCUGGGAUGAGACGAUUCGAGUUUGGGAUGCAAACACUGGAGAUCAACGAUUCUGUUUCAAAACAACCAGGCAAAACUGGACGGGCCGCUUCUCCCCCGAUUCCAAAUACUUCGUUGCCACCUGCGGUACUGGUGCCACGCACAUUUACAAUAUGUCUGACGGCUCCACCGUCUGGGUCUACGAGCGCGAAGGGACAAGAGGCUGGCGGCGGGCGCUGGAUUGGCACCCCAACAGUAAGUGGCUGGCAGUCGGAGGGGAAUAUCUGGCUCCUGUAUACUUGUUGGAUGUGGAGAAGAAAGAGGUCCUCCAGCAACGAACCCUCUCGCCGGAGAAGACACAUUCUCAAGGGAGCCAGGACACUGAAACCGUCCGAAGCAUGCUGGGCGGUUUCUUAGGUGUCCGCCAGGUCCGGUUCAUUGAUAACGGAAAUAAGCUGGCUGUUUGGACCACUGGGGAUGACAGCCUUGAGGUGUAUGACUUGGCUCGGGAGGUGAAAUGGAGGUUUGCGAGAGGAGGUACGGAUGAUGACAUAGACAAUACUAAGCGGAGGGACGGGAAGGGGCAGCUCAAGGCUACAUAUGGUUCCAAAAUGGUGAUUUGGGAGGAUAAAGAGAGGAGGCAUCCCAUCUUUGCCAGCGUGGACUGUGACGGAAUCCGAAUCUGGUCUCUCGCGCUGACAGGGCCUUGA